AAUUCUUUAAAAAUCAUGUCUAAAUUCUGUAAAUCGGCCAUAUCAGAGCCAACAUCCACCUUUUUAUAUGUAGAUUUGAUGGCUAGCAUGUUGCUACGUGACACUCAAGAACUGGAGGCUGAUUUCCACAACAAAAUGGAAUUCGUGCGGGAACAAGAACAAAACUGUCUGCAAAACGAGCAAAAUCUGAUUAUCAUUGAUAAAUUUGUCAACCUGCUGAAGACUUGCCUAAUGAAUAUGGAGCUGGAAAUGCAUAGGAAUGAAUGUGCCAUUCUUGAUGCAGAACGGUCGCUUAGAUGCAUGGAUGAAUGCUUUGAGAAAUUUGGCGAAGAAGGCAUUAGUCUUAAACGCAGUAGUUAUAUGGAGAUCUUAAAGUUACUCGUCUCCGCAGACAGUUCUACGGAAUUGUGCAAUAAUCUCAAAAAUGACAUAGAUGUAUAUAAAGAAGAGGUUGCAACGCGUGUUAUACCACAUAAUUUAAUUUCUAGCAUCAUAGCCUAUCACAACAAAGCCUUGGAGGGAAUGGAGCGCCAAGUUAAUGAGCUGGAACUCAAAGUCAACGAAUUGGCGGACUGCUACGAGGACGCAGCACAAGAUGUUGAUUUACCUAACCUCGGAGAUCGGAUGCUUGGCGAAAAGGCCGAGGAUAUAAAGGACGUGUUUGAGGAAUCGUAAAAAUAAACUUCCUCAACAAAUAAUUCUGUAUAUUUUCUAACUCAUAGCCAAAAAAAAUAUAUGCCUAAAGAUUCGAAUUAAUUGUAAUAAACCAGUAUUUGUAAAACCUCA